AUAUUAUUAAUGUAUCAGCAGGUUGUUUUGGCUUAAUUUUUACUUUUCCACAAUACUCUUUCACACAUUCAGAAAAGGAGUGCUAGGGUGCCCAAGUCUAAUUGUCUAACGCUUCAGGUUUUACAUGUUUUCUUUCUCCAAUGCAAUAGAAACAAAUGGCUGAGUUGCUCUUUUAUUACCUCUCUCUGCAGAGGUCUGCUCACAAACCAUUCAUUUGAUUCACAAGUGAGGGAAACUGGAUCUUCACAUUCUGCAGCUCCAGGAAACAACCUUUUAUUGAAUAUUUUAUCAGGAGAAUUAAGAAGAAGGAAGUUAAUAAUCUAUUAACCUUUUUAUUGCAACUUCAGUUACACCAGCCCUUACAGUGUACAGGAAGAUCUUUAUAUAGAGCUCACUCUGUACAGACAGGAUGCCUAUUUCCAUUGGCUAGGCAUGCAAAUAAGCAAUAGAACAUCAUUUUUGGGUUCAUGGUGCCCUCUUGUGGUGCACUGCCCUGAGCAGAAAGCUACAACCAUAAGCAAAAAAACGCAGGUGUACAGUAAAGUAUAAUUUCUCCUAUCUAUGAAACAUAUGCUUAUUCUAUUGCAGGUUUUUCGGCCUUGGUUGUGGUUAAACAUGCUCUUAUAAAUAAGUUGAUUUUGUCUUUGCUUGGCGGCAGUAGAUUCAUAGGUAUGAAUUGUUUUCAGUUCACACAUUUAGUGGUACUUGAAGUGAUAUUCAGAAGUUUUCUUCAAGUGGGACAGCAAUAUUUUUGCAAUAAUAUAACUAACAUGACAAGUACACUGUAAUUAAGCUACCAGACUUUUUUCUCCCAAUGUUAAUUCAAUUUGACUAGUUUUUACCCACUUCCUAUGCCCAUGGUCCCUACACACGCAGGUUUGCACUCCCAACACAAGAGGCACCGUCAGGAAACGGCAGCACUACAACACCGGAACCAUUUCUAACUUUCACCAAAUAUUUCUCCGGACGUGUUUCUUGUACGGACCCGGCUUCUGCUUUGUUUACUUUUUAUUUGAUAGCCUCAAAUCUACCAGCAAAUCUCUUAUGAGUAACAUUUUCAAACGCCUAGCUCUCGUCUAUGUCUCUCGUUUUUUUCCUUUUAUCUAUGACCACCUAUUUUAAUCCCAAUAUAAAUAUACAUGAAUUUUAUUUUACCUUUUUGAACAUACAGGCGCUUAGGAAGGUGCAGUCAUGUCCGCUGAGCGACAAAUGUUCCCGUCGCUGUUUUCUCCGCCGCCUUUCGCUGCAGUCGGAGCGGUAGAGAGUGCCGUGGAGCCUGCGGGCCGUGAACUGCCGUUCACCCAGUCAGAGGUGGAAACAUUCAGGAUGUUCCUGAACGAGCGGCUGACGGCAGCAGUGGAGGACAUUCUGAGCGUGUUCGGGAAGACAGUGGCUCGGUACCAGGAGCAGAUAGACUGCCAGCAGCGGGAGCUGGACAGCCUGAGGUCCGGAGAGCGAGAGUGGAGCCGGGCAACAGAGCCUCUGCAGGACUCAUCCUGGAUGAAGAAAUGUCCUGAACACCAGACCCUUGAUGCUCCGCUGUUUCAUACUGACAAUCUUAUUGAGAAAGUCGUCGACACCUCAGCUGCUCCGAUUAAAUCAGAAGGUGUGGAUGAGGAUUGUGGAGAGUCGACAACAUGUCAUCACCCUAGUUUAACACACCGGCUGGAUCCAGAAGCAGUGAGCGAUGAGCGAGUUAUCUGUGAGGACUCUGACACAGAGAACAGCGAGGACGGCUGGAGAGAUGAUGCCACUUUGUGGAAGUCAGAGGAAAUGGCAGAAAACAAAGAUCCCAGCUCCAGUUCAGAACCUCAGGGCUCCACUGAUCCGCCACAGUUUGGCUGCCAGGUUUGUGGCAUCCCCUUCCAGAAGAUGGGCUACCUGAUCACCCACGCUGCAGUGCAUCAGGAAACCUGUGGAGUUUGUGGAAAACAGGUGGAACAAACGGAAAGCCUCAAGCUUCACCUGAAAGCUCACAGAGAAACGACGUUCCGCUGCAGCGUCUGUGGGCAGAGCUUCACGCUGCGGGGAAACCUCCGCAUCCACAUGAAGAUCCACUCGGGCGAACGGCCGCACAGCUGCAGCAUCUGCAGCAAGAGCUUCGGCCGGCGGGCGUCGCUGGUGCGCCACGUGCGCAGCCACAUGGGCGAGAAGCCGUUCGCCUGCAUGUACUGCGGCCACAGCUUCACGGAGAAGGGCAACCUGACGGUCCACAUGCGGACGCACACAGGAGAGAGGCCGUACCGGUGCUCCAGGUGCGCCCGCAGCUUCAGCCAGCUGUCCAGCUUCUAUAAACACCCGUGUCAGAAGAAAGGCCUGAUCUGUGCUGCCAUCACUACCACCUGACAGCUGGGACACUUGAGCAGCUGCAGAAGGGCUUCCCCUGUGAAACAGAGCAAAGUAAUGAACACUUUUAUCAAAGUAACAUUUCAUCAGGGUUUAUUGAUGACUAGAAACUUGUUUUUAUUCUCUCCGUUUCAAAUCAGUCAUUUUAUGUUAAUUUUAGGAUUUUUUUUUGUCUUAAAACCAUAGGAUUAAUAUACAUAAAUAUUUAAAUCCAUAACUUUUUGAACACCUGUGGAAGCAGUAACUGAUCCUUGCUCUUUGCAAUUACAGAUUUUUUUUUUGUUUGGUUCAUUAGAUUUAUGAGGAAAAGCUAUUUUGAAAAACUCUUGAUUAUAAAUCAGAAGUAUUGAAAAACACUUCAUUUACUUUUCUCCAGCUUUAUCUUAAAUAAAGCUUGAAACUUUUUGAAAAAUUGUUAAAAAUAAUUUUUGUUUAAAAGUGGGCAUAAUAGUAUUAAAUGCCACAUUAAAACAUCCUGCAAAAUUCUACUGAAAAAACCCCAAAUCUAUUCGAAGUAAAUAAAUACAACAGGUGCAAUAAACAGUUUUCAUGCAGCUGCACACCCUUAGAUUUAAUUCCAGCAUUUAGGUUUCUUUGGCAGUAGUCAUAACUUCAUGCCCACAUCUUGGCUCGGUAAUGUCGUAUUCACAAACACUUCCUGCCUAAAUUGUCCAACUCAAUCAGAUCGAGAGGACUUCUCUGUCCAUGUCCCUCUUCAGAUGUUCCCAAAAUUGAUGGAAAGUGGUGACGGUUUCUGAUAAGGGCAACAUGGGCAACCACCUAGGGCGGCAUCUUGUGGGGGCGGCAUGAAUCUGCCCCAUGGCCCCAAAACCCAGUCUUCCAAUUGUCAGCAAUUUAUUACAUCCUUGUUUUAUUGUUGUUAUUUUGGAUUUUGUUCCCACUAACAUUUAUUCUUAGCUAUGUAAAAUGUUUGGAUAUGAUUCAUAAUGGUCUCAGUUGUUUUAAACACUCAAAAUACCGGAGUAUCUACAGUGAUGUGAAAGGCUUUUAAGAAACCAUCAUACAAGUUUAUUCUUUUUUACUACUCUACCUCAGUUUUUACUUAUUGUUGGAAUGUGUGUUAUUAUGUAAAAAAGAUGUGGUUUAUAAAAAUAUGGGACCAUUUAAAAUGAAGGGUUUGUGGUGAAUUGGCUCAACCGUCAAUUUUUGUUGCACGUUUUGUUACACGCCACUUACUAGAAAUGUUACACGGCUCCGUCAUUGGAAAUAUUCUGUUGGAAAAGACAUUUGCAGUUCUCUUUGGUAACGUUGUCUCUUUAAGAUUAAGACUUUUAUUUUUAUACCGAUUCUAAUUUCUUAUACCCUUGACUAAAGUUAGCACAAUUUGUCUGGAUAAAAGUUGAGACUUUUGUUGUGUGGAAGAUUACAAUAAAUACAUGUUUGUAGGAAGAAAACCAAAGCCUCAUUAAAUAAACGAAGAUUUGUCAAACUGUUUGUUUUUUUUCA